AUGCCCUUGCCCUCCGUCGCCAAAGCUGAGGCUGCCUUGCAGAAGACGGUGCACCUUUCCAGAGGCGGCCUCUGCGCGGAGUUCACAGCGGAGGACAUCCGGCGCAUCUCCGACGGUGACGUACUCCGCUACCUCUCUACCCACUCGAGCGCAAGCGCCGAGGGUGACGGCGGCACCAAGACCGCACCUGUGGAAAGGCCCCGCGUCCCUGCGACGACGACGGCGGACAUUGAGGCGCACAUGGAAGCUUUGCAGGAGGAGAUCAACACUUUUAUCACCGUAGUCGACAACGAGGGGUGCAGCUACGAGAUCCGCGUUGGGGCCUCUGGACAUGUGCAGGUGCCCAUCGAAGACGAUGAUCUCGAGGAUGGGGCUUCUCUCUGUGAGGUUGAAGGGGAGACGGAGUUGGUGCCAGCAGGUGACGCUGCGCUCGUUGCCUCGCCCGACGAAGGUGCUGCGAGGACCGAGGGGGUCACAUCUAUCGCCGUCUCUCUGCUGUCUAGUGAGGCGCCGCCGACAACAAGCCACCCACCGAGCCAGCGAGUGCGACGCCCCCCGCUGUCAAAGCCCAUCCGCCCGACGCGGUCCACAGCGCACCACAGCGCACGAGUGCAUCAGGUGACACGCUUCUCCAAAUCCCCUCCACCGGCGCGACCCUCGAAGUCCAGCCGACUGUCUACGGCGAGGCCGCCGGCGUUUGCUGUGCGGCCGCAGGCGAGUCUGACGACUAGUGAGGCGACGCGUGUCGAGCACUUGCUCGACCCCUCCGCCACUGCUGCUUUAAUGGCGAACCCGUAUGUGCUUGGCCCAGAAAAGGAGAAGCGGCUUCGCGUUUUGGAGGCAGAGGCCCGGCGCCUUGCAGCCGUCCGCGGCGCGGUGGUGACCGAAGACGCCUUGCAGCACCUCAAGGACGAAGCGACAGACGUGCUUGCUGCCGCGUUGCCCGAUGUCACGGAAACAACCACAGAUCUCGGGAACGCCUACAUGCGCUAUGCAAGGGAGCAUGAGAAGAUGGCGCAUCAGAUGCAGCCCGUUAAUGAGCGCCUCCACGCGCUGCAGCGACGGGCAGCGGCGCUCGCGCUAGCCCCGGCUGAUGACGUGCCUUCAUCUGUUGCAGCACUUCGGCCGUCCUGGGCGCAGGCCAUAGAACCUGUCAUAGAGGAAGAACAGGUUCAGCGCCUGCUUGAGCUCGCUCGCGAAGAAGAGGCUAUGGCGAAGGAGGCGGGACUGAACUGCGUUUUACCACCGGCGCCGGACGAUCCACUCAGUGGGCUGCGCCGCCACUUGGGUGCCGCCUGCACGCGCGCGGCUGAUCUUUUGGCGAUGUACGAGUCUGCACCACUCGCUCUGCGCUCUCCAGUGGCGGCGGGGGCCGAGGACGCAGACGACAGCGGCCCUGAAGCUUAA